UGCCCAGCAGAGUGGAUGAUUGUCCCAAGUUCCAGCAGUUGCUCCGGGGCCAGGCCAUAGCUCCAGGAGUGGCAGCAGGGCUCAAUCCAGUGCCAAGGGUUUUCCAGCAAAUCGUACCCAGAUGUUGCUACGGGGAGAAGACUGUGAGGUCAACAAAGCCUGGCUGAGUGAGGAGCUGGAUCAGGUGGCUGAAAACGUGGAGAGGACGGAGGAGCAGAAAAAGGGAGAAGCCAGAGACAAAGAUCAAGUCAUUUUACCAGUCCUAGACAGCGAAUCCACCGUGAGCAGCAUCCGCUUCAGCAAGACCUGCCUUAAGAAUGUAUUCUCGGUGCUAUUGAGUUUCAUUUACCUGCUUCUCAUGGCUGUGGCCGUCUUCCUCGUCUACCAAACCAUCACUGACUUCCGAGAGAAGCUCAAACACCCGGUCAUGUCCGUCUCUUACAAAGAGGUGGACCGCUACGAUGCCCCAGGUAUUGCCCUAUACCCGGGGCAGGCUCAGCUGCUAAGUUGCAAGCACCACUAUGACUCGAUCCCACCUCUGGAAAACCCAGGUCAGCCCGGAGAUGUUAACUGUACCACCCGGAGAGUCAACUACACCGAUCCCUUUUCUAACCCAACCAUGAAAUAUGCUUUGAUCGUGCAAGGACCCCGGGAGGUGAAGAAGAGGGAGUUGGUCUUCUUGCAGUUCCGUUUGAAUGAAACCGACCAGGACUUCAGUGCCAUCGAUUAUCUGCUCUUCUCUUCUUUCCAGGAGUUUCUGCACAGCCGUGACCAGGCAGAGUUCAUGCAAGGUUGUGAGAGCUCCUACUCCAGCUGGAAGUUCUCUGGGGGCUUCCGCACCUGGGUCAAGAUGUCCCUGGUGAAGACAAAAGAGGAGGACGGGCGCGAGGCGGUGGAGUUCCGUCAAGAGACUAGCGUGGUGAACUACAUUGACCAGAGGCCGCUGGCAGAAAAAAGCACCCAGUUAUUUUUUGUGGUCUUUGAGUGGAAAGAUCCUUUUAUCCAGACAGUUCAAGACAUCAUCACUGCAAACCCUUGGAAUACCAUUGCUCUUCUCUGUGGGGCUUUCCUGGCUUUAUUUAAAGCAGCCGAGUUUGCCAAACUGAGUGUGAAGUGGAUGAUCAAGAUCCGAAAGAGAUACCUAAAGAGGAGGGGACAUGCAUCAAAUCAUAUAAGCUGAAAGAAGGCACCUGGAGAUCAUGAUGUGGAAAACACUGGAUCAAACCACCAAUUUUGAUGGAAGUUACUACCACCCCAGCAGUAACAAAACCAAUUAGCACCAAUUUAUGCAUUCACCUGAUGGAAUACUUGCCAGGUCUGGAGACUCCGCCUGGUCAACUGACACUCGGCUCGGCCUAGGGAGUGGCUGACUGCAGCCUAGUGAGCAGCCCACCUGGAGUCCUAAAUUAUUUAAGUGUUUAAGUUAUUAACAGACAUUAGGCAGUUGAUCAAGCAUAAAUGGGGUGGGAGAAGAACUGACAAACUUCCUGAAGGCAUGGGCCUUUGGUGGAUAAUUAUAUUACUUUUUAAUCUAGAACCCAGAUGGUAACAGGAUUGGCAUGGACCUAAGUUUUGGCUCAUAUCUUAAAUUCUUUUGUUCUUUUUUUACAGAAGGUUUUUAAAGAGGUCCUAGGUGGCUUUAUUUUUUCCAUCAAACAGUGAGUAUACUAAUGAAUUGUAAAGGUGAACUGUACUGUAAAUGUGAUCUGCCCUGAAGGAAGUCCCUAAAAAAACCCUCUUAAUUUCAUUUCCUUAUCACCUGACACCUACACUGGAAUUUUUAUCAUUUUAAUAAUUGUGUUGUCAGAGUUUUAUGGAUGGUUCAAAUUAGUGCGUGAAUAAUUUGGAAAAACCUUGUUAUCCAUUUAGGUGAGUACAUACCCUAAACUGUUGUCAGUGUCACCAUAUUGGUUUCUAUGUCCCCUAGGGGUGCCCCAAACACUGAUGUGCAUCUAUAAUAAACACUCUGAUGUCAAAUGA